AUGCAAGUGGAUCUGAUCCCUGGGGCAAUAAUACUGUUCAUUGUCUUUCUGCUCAUAUUCUGGGUCUUCCGGUUUCAGCAAGAAAGAGCCAGGUUUCCUCCUGGCCCAACACCCUGGUUCUUUCUGGGGAAUCUACUGCAAAAAGAUGCUCUGCCUUUGUAUAAAACCUACCCCAAGCUUGCUAAGAAGUAUGGUCCAGUUUUUACUAUCUGGCUAGGACCAAAGCCAUUGGUGGUAGUUUGUGGAUAUGAGGCAGUGAAAGAUGCCCUGAUAACUCAUAGUGAAGAAUUUGGAGGACGAUCUCCUGUACCUAUCCUUGAUGAAGUAACCAAGGGCUACGGGAUUAUUGGUGAAGACGAAAGAUGGAAGAUUCUGCGUCGCUUUAUUCUUACCACUUUGAGGAACUUUGGAAUGGGAAAGAAGUCAAUGGCUGAACGGAUGUCAGAAGAAGCUCAUUGUUUGGUAGAGAAGAUAUCAAGCUUUGAAGAUCAGCCUUUUGAUGUAGUCCCAACCAUUGCAGCUGCUGUUUCUAAUGUGAUAUGUGCUGUUAUCUUUGGGAAACGAUUCUCUUAUGAUGAUAAAAUCUUCAUUGAAAUAUUACAAAUUUUGAAGACAUUCAUAGGUUUCUUUUUGAGUGCUCCUGGAAUGGUGUACAGCGCAAUGCCAAGUCUCAUGAAAUUCCUUCCUGGACCUCACAAUAAAGCUGUCAUUGACUGUACCAAGAUUUGUGACUACGUUAGGACUAGAGUGGACUCUCACAAGAAGACCUUGGAUCCAGACAAUCCCAGAGACUUUAUUGAUUGCUUCCUCAUUAAAUUAGAAAAGGAACGAAAUUCUAAUGUUAUCUGUAUGGAAGAUUUGGUCAUGACUGUGUUUGAGCUGUUAAUUGCUGGAACAGAUAGCACAGCCAAUGCUAUUGCAUAUGGUAUUAUCCUUCUGGCCAGGUUCCCAGAAGUCCAAGCCAAAAUACAGCAGGAAAUCGAUGAUGUUGUGGGACCAAACCGCCAGCCCACCAUGGAGGAUAAGGUGAAGCUGUCCUACACCAAUGCAUUUACUCAUGAGAUGCUACGUUUUCAGCCUGGGAGUAGUGAGAACUUCCCACGUACAACAACACAGAAUGUUAUUUUCAAGGGACACUUCAUCCCUCAGGGCACAACUGUUCUUCCACUGUGGGCUUCGGUGCAUUUUGAUCCUCUCUGCUGGGAUAAUCCUAGGACAUUUGACCCAGCUCAUUUCUUGGAUAAGAAUGGUGAAUUCCAAAAGAAAGAUGCCUAUUUGCCUUUCUCUGCAGGGAAGAGAGUAUGUCCAGGAGAGUCAUUGGCUAAUAUGGAAAUCUUCAUAUCGUUUACCAAUCUGCUCCAGAACUUCACUUUUGAAUUGACUAUGGACCCUAAGGAGAUAGAUUUAGAGAACUUGUUUAUGGGCUGUAGAGAGAAUGGGAAGCAUCGGUACAUUCGAGCUAUCAAACGUAAAAUAUAA